AUGUCCUUGCAGUUCGUUGGCUUGUAUUUUCCAAAGCAAAUUUCAGAUUUUUUAUUUGAACACGGAUUUAAUGACAAAUGUGAUCAAAAAUUAUUACAUAAUGAUCAUCAUGAGAAUACACACAAAGAUUUCCGAGCAUUAAAUUUAGAGCUGUUUCAAUUAUUGGAAUAUUAUUUUAUAGUCCUGUUGCAAGCAGAAGCAGUGUGCUCUCGUAUGCAAUCAACAGUACUUACUGCUAUGGUGGAGAAGGAGGAUAAAGAUUCAACCCUUCGAAUGCAUUCAAUUCUAAAGGAAUUUGACAGAGCAAAACAUUUCAUAUAUGACAUGAUUCAACACAAGUAUGAACUUUAUCAUUCAAAAGAAUAUUUAGGCUCCACUACUUCGGAGAACGUUCCGAGAAUUAUUAGACUUUGCGAUCAAUUAGAGCUUUCAAACAAAGAAUUCAUGGCGUUUGCGUAUGUUAUGGUUUGUCAGUCAAGUAGUCUUUUAGAAUCAAUCAUCGAUCAUGGAGCAUCUGCUUCCAUGACUGUAUCAGCCAUGACACGUGCUGCCAACAUGAACACAAAAGAAGCUCUUAAAUUUAUGGGACAAGAUCGUCUUCACAUUCAACAAGGACUUGUUGUUAUAGACUCAAGUUAUAAGGACACUAUUUCUUCCUAUUGUGUAAAGAUGCCAACAGAAUGCAUCAACGCUCUUGUUGGAAUCACAUUAACGGCUGAAGAGUUUUUAAAAAUUGACAAAACCAAAUUAUCUGAAAUUUUGUUGGAAGAAGAAAGUUUUGUGUUGCCAGGUAUUACCACACAUCCAAAGUCUCCCUCAAGUGAUGUAGAUAAUGAAAGUGAAGAGAUUGAAAUUGAUGACAAUGAAGUAGACGAUGAACUCAAGAAAUUACAAGCAGAAAUAGGUGAUGACAGCGAGUUUGAUGUUUAUGAAUUUAUGCAAAAGGACAAAAAAAGUGACAAUACCAACCCCACUAAGGAAAUCCAAACCAACAAGAAUGAAGAAGAUUUUCUAGCACCCUACGCUGAUGACAUUGAAUACUUGGAUGACAGGUUUCAAUAUAUAUGUGCUAAAAUCCGCUUAAGAAAUGCAGAGAUUGAAAAAAUCACAGAAGAGAAUGAUGAUACGUACAAAGUUUCUCGGACCAGAAGCCAAGAAAGCGUGAUCCGUGAGCUCAGAGCAAAUGUAGACUAUUAUUGGGAAAAUGUGAGAAGAGAAUGA